AUGUGCUUGUUAAAGCGUUACAGAGUUGUUGGCUGCUGGGGCUAUCGAUCGCUUAGAAGGUGCUUAACUACUUACUUUUGCAACUUUUCUACCAGCAAUGGUAGCUCGGGAAUUGGCCACUACGAUCUUGUAGUUAUUGGAAGCGGCCCCGCUGCACAGAAAUGCGCCAUUGAUGCGGCAAAAAGGAAUAAAAGUGUAGCACUAGUUGAUAAAAAUAAUAUGCUUGGCGGUGUCUGUGUCCAUACGGGGACUAUUCCCUCCAAAACCUUCCGUGAGGCUGUCUUGCAUCUCACUAGUUUUCGAGAUCAAGGAUUUUACGGUAAACCUUACUUUGCGGGCAACCUGACUGUUAGUGAUAUUCUUCGCCGGGUUACUUUUGUUGAAGAAGGAGAGACUCGAGUGGUUCGGGAUCAACUCCAACGAAAUGACAUACAAACUUUUAAAGGACGAGCGAAAUUUCUUGAUCAGUACACCGUUGAGCUGGAGCUUGAAGACGCACCUCUUGCUAGUAAGCUAAUCUCAGCGGAUCACUUUUUGAUAGCCACGGGAACCCGCCCUGUUCGCCGAGCGGAUUUGCCUUUUGACGGGAAGCUCUGCUUUGACUCUGACCAACUUUUAAGAGGCGAGUGGAGGGUUCCUCGUGAUCUUAUAGUUGCGGGUGGUGGUGUAAUAGGAAUGGAGUAUGCUUCUAUGCUUUCCAUUAUCCCCGGCAGCCGUGUUACCGUUAUUGAAGAGAAAGAAAAUGUUUUAGGCUUUGCUGACAGGGAAAUAGUUGAAGGUUUAUGUCACGUGAUGCGUCAACAGAGCACUCGGUUUCUGCUGAACGAAAGGAUUAGCUCUGUGAAAGUUUUUUCUAGUAAAACGGGUGGUAAGCGCCUUUCCGUCUUUUUAGAAACUGGAAAGGUUGUUCAUGGGGAUGCUCUAUUGUACACAGUUGGCAGACAAGGCAACACAGACACCCUGGGCUUAGUGUCCAUUGGCAUACAGCCAAAUGAACGAGGGCUGAUACAAGUAAACCAGUACUACCAAACAACACUUCCUCAUAUUUACGCUGCCGGAGAUUGCAUCGGCUUUCCUGCACUUGCCUCUACUAGCAUGGAGCAAGGACGCUUAGCCUCAUGCCACAUGUUUGAUAAAAAUAGUUUUCCAGAAGGUUAUAAAGGGAUAAAGCAGUUUCCUUUCGGGAUAUACACCAUCCCAGAGAUCUCUCUUAUUGGCUAUAGUGAAGAGUCUCUGACAGCUAUGAGAAUGUCUUAUGAAGUGGGUAUAGCUCGUUACAAGGAAUUAGCUAAGGGGCAAAUGCUGGGUGGCGGCUACGGGCUACUAAAAAUUCUCUUUGACACUCGCACUCACGAGAUACUUGGCGUUCAUUGCAUAGGAGAGGGAGCUACCGAGAUAAUCCAUAUUGGGCAGGUUGCUAUGGACGCCAAGUGCCCCAUUGAAUACUUUCGGGACGCCGUCUUUAACUACCCCACCAUGGCAGAAGCUUACAGGGUUGCCGCAAUCAAUGGUCUACAAAAAACUCAUGAUCAUGUGAGUGCAUGAGUAUAUUGUACUGUGUUGAGCCAGAGAUUCGAAACCCCACCUUUUUAGUUACUUACAUGUCAGU